UUGUGAGAGGGAGUAGAACAUUUUGAGCUGAACCUCACCACAAGAAUUACAAAGACCUCACCACACUGGAUCCAACAUCUUCACCGUCUUACCCUUUCUUACAAAAGAACUACAAUCUCCUCCUUCUCUCUCCGCCGUCGACGGCGUUUCGCCACCGUUAGAUCAAACAAGAAAUGGGAGGAAAUAAUAACAGAAAAAGUAGAUCUAAUAAUAAAUCCAAAACAACCCGAAAGCCCAAUAGGAACCGGUCUUCUUAUUCGGGUCGGGGCGGGUUGUUUGUUGAAGGUGGAGUCUUAUCUGAUUGGGCCCCUUACAAUUCUCCUCCUCCUCCUCCUUCAACAGGGAGGAAUUUGAAGAGUGGAAAUGGUAAUUCAAGGAAUCGUAAUGCAGCUGUUAGCAGCUCGAAAAAUGCUUCGAGUUCGAAAAGCGAAUCGAAGAAAAGUAGAGGAAAUGAGAUCCGUUAUGUAUACCCUUCUGCUGAUUCAGUGAUAGGUUCAGAUGCGGUGCCUAGUGGAGAAGUAAAAGACAAUGAGCUGGACUCGGAACAUCCUAUUAUUUUGGUUGAUACAAAGGAAACUCAAAUUGUUGCUUUCAUAGAUGAAGGCCCAAAUAAGGAACCUCAAAACGAGGGAUGUAUUUAUGAUUGCACAACCCCUUUAUCUAUAGAUGUUGGACAAAAUAAAGAUUCUCAUGAAGUUGACUAUGCUGGAGAUUAUAGUGCUGGUUUCUCAUUGGAUGAUAGUUCACACAGAGGAUUGGGAUUCUAUGAUGAAGCAGAAACAACACAUGGAGGAGUUGGAUUGUCAUCCAAAGAUGAGAAAGAAAAUUCUUCUGAGGAGGAGGAUAUGGAUGCUGAUGGUGGCUUCCUUGGUGGGGCAAGCAUGGACAUGGACGAUCCCCUGCCAGCUGAAAUAUCUUCUGCGGAAAAUGAGGGAUUUUUGUCUAUUGGGGGGCUUAGGCUAUAUACUCAUGACAUAUCAGAUGAGGGAAGUGAUGGUGAUUAUGAAGACAUUUCAUCAGAUGAUGGAAGUUCUUGUUCGUCAGAAUCUGAUGGAUCAUCUGAAAGUGAUGGCUCAUCUGAUAGUGAUUCAGAUAUUGAUGAAGAGGUUGCUGCAGAUUAUUACGAAGGCACUGGUGGAAUGUGCGAUGUUAUUGAUGUUAAACAGUUGGUUGGACAAGUUCCCAGUAGCUGUUCUGAUAACAGCUUAGAUGAAACCGUAGAGAAGUUGGGUGGGAUUGAUCUUCAGGAAGCCUCUAGGGAGUAUGGAAAGAAGAAACCUCAAAAAGAGAGAAAGUACCGAGGUCAGAAAUCUACUCCUGCCAAGCAUGUUCGGGGUUCUGAUUUGGAUGACCUUAUGUUUGUAAAGGAUCCGAGAACAGUUUCUGGGAAAAAGAAACAUGCUGCUAAAUUUCCUCAGUCAUGGCCGUUUGAGUCUCAAAAGAGUAAAAAUUUCGGGAGGAUUCCAGGUGCUAAGAAGAAACAUCGCAAGGAGAUGAUGGCUUUGAAGCGUCGAGAGAGAAUGCUCCGCCGAGGUGUUGAUCUUCAGAAGAUAAAUAUAAAACUGCAACAGAUGGUUUUGGAUGGAGCAGAUAUGCUCUCUUUCCAACCUAUGCACUCACGUGAUUGUUCUCAGGUUCAGAGAUUAGCAGCAAUAUACCGUUUGCGAAGCGUUGGUCAAGGUUCUGGCAAGAAGAGGUUUGUGACAGUUACCAAGACACAACAUACAUCUAUGCCUUCUGCCAAUGAUAAAAUUCGUUUGGAGAAGUUGAUAGGAGCUGGUGACGAGGAUUCUGAUUUCACAGUCACCGGUAUACAUAGUCAUAGAAAGGAUGUAAAUGCAGCUAAAAGGUCUUCUAAGGGUAGUGGUGGACAAUCUGGCCCAAGCAAAUUGUUCAAAACCCCAGUAAAUCCACGUGGGCAAAAAGAUGGCGGAAAGAAAAGAAGGGAUCAGAAAACAGGCUCCUAUGCCGCUCUUCCCGUCUCCUUUGUUUCAAGUGGUAUAAUGCGUUCCGAGACAGUUGAGGAGAAAUCAAUUGAAACAACCGAGACAACUAACGCCUUCCUUGAAACGAAGGUUGUGACCAACUCAAUCGAAUACGGGGCAUUUGAGAUGCACACCACGGGUUUUGGCUCGAAAAUGAUGGCAAAAAUGGGUUAUCAAGAAGGUAAAGGUUUAGGUAAAGAUGGACAGGGCAUUUCAGAGCCCAUCGAAGCACGUCAGCGGCCUAAAGCUCUCGGAUUGGGAGCUGAAAUUCCUGAAACAAGUAGUAGAUCAUCAGCAAAGAAGGAUUUUCUACCCAGAUCAUCAGCAAAUAAGGAUUUUCUCCCCAAAUCAUCAGCUGUUUCAGGUGCUGAAGUCGUCGGUAGAAGCGAGAAAUCCAUCAGGAAGGAGUCAUCUAUUGGAUUUGGAGGAUUUGAAAGGCAUACAAAGGGGUUUGGAUCAAAGAUGAUGGCAAAAAUGGGGUUUGUUGAAGGCAUGGGACUUGGGAGAAAUUCACAAGGCAUAACCAAUCCUCUAACUGCUGUUAGACGUCCUAAAUCCCAAGGACUUGGUGCGAAAAGCUAAAAAUCACAUUAAAUCUUCUUUCAACUAGGGAAAAAUGUUUAUAUUUCCCAUCUUGAUGUAGAUUAUGUUAUGUGUUCUGCUAUGAUUGGACUUAUUAGUUAAUCUUUGUACGUUGUCCUGAAGCCCUAUUUCAGUGGCUGACUAAUUAUCUAGAGAAUAAAUCAUUGUAACUAGAAAUCAAGUUUUCAUUUUCGUGGUG